AUGCUAUCCUUACACGGCAUCAUGCCUGGUCACAUCUUACCGACUAGAGAAAAUAACUGCCUAGACCACUUUAUGAUUAAACUUGACAAAAAUAAAUUAUCUGCUAAAAUUGCAGUCUUAAAUACUACUAUUACAGACCACUCCAUGAUUUUGCUCAACCUUACUUCGCUGUUGCCUUAUUUUAAGUCAAAGAAAGUGACUAAAAUAGUGACGGAUUUUGAUUCAGCACUACUAAGUUUGGCACAGAAUAAUCUGUCAGAGCUGCUUUUCUGCUAUGACCCGCAACUAGUAACUGAUAAAUUAUUUAACUACUUGUCCGAAGCGCUGAAUGAAAACUCGCGCAUAGUGAAGAUACCUAGCAACAAACGCAUAAUCAAACCAUGGAUCACUAUCGGAAUUCUAAAGUGCAUAAGAAAUAGAAAUAAAAUGCAAAGAAAGUUAAAAUUAGAUCCUAAAAAUGAAAUUCUAAGAAUAAGUUACAGACGAUAUAGAAAUUUCUGUAAAAAUUUAAUUAUAAAACUAAAACGUUCUUAUGACAAAAAACAAUUAGAGAUGUCACUUAAAAAUUCUAAAAUUUUAUGGCAAAAUAUAAAAUCAGUAACUAAUAUGAAUCACUCAAAUUCUGACAAUUCUAACUUACUAAACACAAAGUCUUCUCCAUUAGAAUCAAUCAAUUAUGUAAACCAUUAUUUUGCUAAUAUAGGGAAAAAGCUAGCUGAGGAUAUUAACUAUAGGCAGGAACCAUUUGAAACUCGAAAUUUAAAUUAUAAGACCCAAUUAAAUUCUUUUGUCUUGUUAGAAACUAACAUUGAAGAAGUAAAUGACAUACUAAUGAAUCUUAAAUCAAACAGUUCCCCGGGUUGGGAUAAUAUACCAUCCAGCUUUUUAAAAUUGGCUAGAGACCAUGUUGUUCCAAUUAUUUGUCAUUUAAUAAACUUAUGUUUUAACAAAGGCGUAUUUCCCGCGGCGCUCAAGAGGUCUAACAUAAUUCCAAUAUACAAGAGUGGAGACAAAGAUGACAUCAAUAACUAUCGUCCCAUAUCAGUUUUGCCAUCAAUUUCGAAAAUAAUGGAAAAAAUAAUGAAUUCGCGGUUAUUAAAUUACUUGGAAAAAUUCCACCUUCUAUCAGAUUCACAGUAUGGGUUUAGGCACGGUAGAUCCACAGAUGACGCUGUCACAGCUCUUACCUCCUUUGUGGAUCAACAAAUCAACAGCAAAAAAAAGUGCUUAGCUACAUUUCUAGAUCUAAGAAAAGCUUUUGACACAGUUUCUGUCCCCAUUCUUGUAAGGAAGUUGGAAAAUCUUGGAAUUAGAGAUGUUUCGCUUGCUCUUUUCAAAGACUACCUUACUGGUCGCACACAGAGAGUAAAAAUUGGAUUAAUUGGAAGAGGCGUAUGUCAAACCACAAUCGAUUUGAAUUUUGACAAUAAUCUGAUAGCACAUAACGGUCUCGGAUGGCCUCUACUGUUAAAAGUGGUCAAAGGGAAUGAGGCCCUCAUGAAGUUGAGAAUUCCGGUGAAGAACCAGCGUACCUGUACUGUCACUGAUCCUUCUGGGGUUCGAUUUGAUGUGACAAAACCUCCAAAUACUAGGUACCAGAAAUGGGGUGAUAAAUGUGGAAUUCGGGUAAAAAACGUUAAAGAAAUCGAUAGAGGAAGAUGGCGUCUUAGUGCUUCUGGAGAAAACGACUCCGUUGUGGGAUGGAUCGAGUUGAAUAUUUUAGAGGUAACAUCACCCGACGCAGAACAGCCAAUAUCGCUUCAAGAUGGAGAAACUCACACUAAAGUGGCGUUGUCAACCAUAGACAAUGCGUAUUGCGUAGUCGCCAAGCCUUUCGCAGAGAGCUCCUUAGUCUCUGGCCAAUGCAGCGUUACCCUCGAUAGAACUACUAGAGCUGUUCAAGGGAAUUGGCAAGUGUUACUCGGUUUGCCGGGAAGAGUUUCCGAGGUACAUACAAAAAGGCAUGUAACGGUUCAAACUGAACGAUUAGACGUCGGAUACGUGCACGACGCGACAGACAAGCUACACAUAUAUUGUAACAUUCUGCAUUCUAACAAAGAGAUUACUUUCUGUCGAUUUCAGAGGACUUCCGAUACGUACGGCUAUAAUGUUAUCGACGGCCUUAGCGAUGGCAGUUACAGUUAUUAUGGAGAUGGCUUCCUGCUAAAACAAUGUGGAAUAACCAUAGAGAAACCAUCAUCUAAAGACUACUCAACAUGGCGGUGCUCAGUUGGUGUUCAUAUCAAAGUUGGGAACGUUAUGCAGCAGCAACCUCCCAUGCAGGCUUUGAUAAGCGUCGCAUCGAGUCACAAGUCAUUAAGAGAUUUCGAUAAAAAUGAAGAUACAUUAAGAAAGGUAUUCGUCCAAAAAGACUCGCCGUUUACAAUCACAUGCAACGCGGGAGUUUCACUGAGAUACUGUUGGUUUCAACAUCCGAAUGGUACCCAGUUCACGCCUGUACCACUAACACAUGAAGAUCAAUUAUUCUGGUACACCGGAAAAGGUCUCGAUGUUGGUGAUUGUGGUAUAACAUUUUUACAUUCAAACAUCACUGACGAUGGUAAAUGGUCAUGUUUCAUGGGUCCUAGAUUAAAGAAAGGAAUCGAAGCCAAAGACGAAGUUGAAGUCAGAGUUACCGGUCCAUUGGCUGCAAACCUGAGAGAGGUUCCAGCGAAUAUUGGGAAAAACACAACUUUGUAUUGUCAUACAUCGAAUGGAAGGAGACCAUUACAAUACUGCAGGUUUCUGUCACCGAAAUUUGUGGGUAUGAACGUAGACUCUUCCGUGAAUAAGGAAAACGCAAUAUUGAAUCGCUUCUACUUUACCCCUGAACGGCAUCUGGACUUCGGGGAUUGUUCCCUCAGUAUUACAUCUGUCCAGGAGGAAGAUAUAGGUGUUUGGACUUGUGCUGCUGUUGUUGAUAACGAGAUAUUGGAGUCGAGUGACACCAUACGAGUUUUUAUUGGUGAGACAGACAAACGUCCUCGAUUGCAAGCUGGAAUUAUCGGAGGGAGCGUUGGGGUCUCAUUCUUAGUGGUGGUCCUCAUCGGUUAUGUGACUUACAAACGUGGUUGGAUACAGCAUCUACUAAGUCUUCGUAACAGAACUCAUACUGUGGUAUCUGAAGACAUUACACUGCCUUCUAGAAGCUCUGCACCAGGAAGCAUUAGUAGUGAUGCAUCAACUCCAAGAAGUGUUAGUAGUAGUGGGAGUACUAUUGACUUUUCAGACGUAAAUCUCCGGCUUGAUCAAAACAACUGAAUGGCUUUUAUUUUAUGGAUUAUUGUGUCUAAAAUACAUAUAUUUAUAAAAUCAUCAGUACGUAUAUCUAAUACCUUUAAACUGGGAAUUCCUGUCUUCUAAUCUAUAUAUUAAGUGAAUUUCUGGAACGGCUCCCAGGAUUUUUAUGAAAUUAUAUUUAGGGGUUUUGGGAGCGAUAAAUCGAUCAGCUAUGUUUCCUUUAUAGAAACCCUUCAAAAAAAAAAUACUGAGCAAAGUUCCCAGUAACCAGGUACUACUUAUUAUUAUAUAAAGGUGCUUA